CGUACACAAUCCCCGCAAAACUUGUGUUUGGCCUCACAAAUCGGAUCCGCCCAACAUCGGAGACAACGCAGUAAAUGGUGCCACCGCUGCAUCCGGAAAUAAGCGUGAUCCUUGCGCUGCCCGAAGAAUAUACCCGCCUUAAUCAGGAUGCCAUUCGACAUAUGCACAAGAUCGAAGCCCUGGAGGUAAUGGAUCAGAUACAAACGAUACUCGACAGUACUCGAAAUGGUCGGAGCGCAGGCUUUGGAGGGGUGGCCAUUCUCGAGUUCCGUCGCCGGGCCACUUGUUUGCUCGUCAAAUUGUCGAAGUACUUCUCUGUGAUACCCCAAAGCCUGUUCAUUCCCGGGGUAGAGGCUGCUAAUACGCUGGAGCCUGUCGCCACGGGCGGCUAUAGCAAUAUCUAUGCAGGGCGAUACGGAGGCAAACUCGUGGCGUUGAAGACUAUGCGCUGGUAUCUGUACGCCGGGGCUGAUGUGACGGAUUACAAUGCUAGGAUGUGUCAAGAAGCUCUAUUUUGGCGGCAGCUCAGUCACCCGAACGUUGUUACGUUCUUGGGCUUACACCUCUUCGAGAGCGAUCGUGCCGCUUCGGAUAAUUUCCCGGACGUGCCACCGAUCUACUCGAUUGUGACACCAUGGAUGGACAACGGCCACAUGCUGAGAUACAUCGACCAUAGACAGCCAUCAUUAGAUGAACUUCUGCAGCUGCUCACCGACAUCUGUCAUGGGCUACAGUACCUGCACGACCACACGUUCCUGCAUGGCGACCUGAGAGCGGUGAACGUUCUGAUCGACGACAGAGGACGGCCUUGUUUGUCUGAUUUUGGGCUCAGUGUCAUCACGAGAAUGUUUUACUCUGCCGGCACGGGCAAUUCGCUUUCAAUGAACGUACGAUGGGCCCCUCCCGAAGCGCUUUGGGGCUACGAAUCAGACCAUGUUCCCGAGCUGAGCGCUGACACAUUCUGCCUGGGUAUGGUAUUCUUGGAGGCGUUCACGCUCAAACCUCCUUUCGCGGAAAUUUCGUCCGACUUUAGGGUUAUGCACGCAAGAGCAAACGAAGGAAGGCAACCCUCGAAGCCAUCGGUUACUGAAUGCAGGGGCCUGGCCCUCCCGGAGUGGCUAUGGGCUGUCAUGCAAUGGUGUUGGGAAGACCAUCCACAGGCCAGGCCUACAGCAUCAGACUUGACGCUUUGUCUGGAAAGGAGGGCAUGUAUCCGCCGCAUACAAGACGUGGUUGCGGAUCAAUGAAAUGGGCGAAAACCAAUUCGUUCCAUUUUUGCUUGUAUCAGUAUUACUUGAGUCCAAUUGUUAGUAUGUACAUGUCUAUCAUCGAUGCAUUGGGUGAAACGUG